ACGUAUGGUUGACACUGAUAAACACGCCAAAUAGGCCUUUGUCAGACUGACUUAACAUCCCCGCACAAAUCCGAAUUUUUGAGGAAAUCUGCCUAAUCGAAAAAAAAUUACAGCUAAUCUAUUCGGCAUGUCCCGUACAGCGUCUAAAUUUAAUUUACUGUCGACCUCUGACUUCGCUCGAUCUUGCGAAAGGGACAGUUGUUUAUCGUGGAAUAAAUUCUAAACCAAAUCGUAAGUGCGCCAAAAAAAAACAAUGCCGCUGUUUGGUUAUCGUUCGUCGUGAUUCUAAUGCAAACCUCGAUGGGAGACCAUUGCGUGAUCGAAGUUGGAGAUUCAGAGCUGGAUAUAGUUGGUGGUGAUGCCCCAAUUGAGAUAGAAAGACUGGGUUACAAAAUGUCUGCUUCGGUGAAGAGGAAAGACGUGAAAGAAGUGCCCCCAACGACAAAUGGUAGUGACAAACAACUGGAGACGAAAAAUUCCAGUGAAACAGAAAGACUGAACAAGCAAAAGGAGAUUGAAUAUAGAAAGGGUAUAGUGCUGUGGAAGAGGCCAAUUUUAACUAUAGAAUAUUGUAUUAGGGAAUGUUUGAUCCUUUUAACUACUUAUGGAAGAAGGUUAUUACACAAUAAAAGAUUACUCGUUUUAUUGAUGAUCUCAACCCUUUUCAUAAGCAUAUUGAUGAACACAAAUGGACCCCACCAGUCGUUGGUUCAAGCAGCAAAUAAAAAAGUGUUGUGGUGUUUGUAUUGGAUAGGAUUAGGUGUAUUGUCUUCGGUAGGUCUAGGAACGGGCCUGCACACUUUUCUCCUAUAUUUGGGCCCCCACAUAGCAAGGGUCACGCUCGCGGCCUACGAAUGUAACUCCGUCGACUUCCCAGAGCCCCCUUAUCCUGACGACAUCAUAUGUCCCACCGACGACUCGUCUUCCCACGUUUCCAUAUUCACCAUCAUGGCCAAAGUUAGGUUAGAAGCCAUGUGCUGGGGGGCCGGUACUGCCCUCGGGGAGCUGCCCCCUUAUUUCAUGGCAAGAGCAGCUCGGCUUUCCGGGAUUGAUCCUGACGAUGAGGAUGACGAUCUCAAGGAAUUCGAGGAACUGCAGAAGAAAGCCGAGGAAAACCAAGAAUUGACCGUUAUACAAAAGGGGAAACUUUUCGUUGAGGAUUUAGUGAAAAAAGUUGGCUUUUUCGGUAUCCUCGCAUGCGCCAGUAUACCGAAUCCCCUGUUCGACCUGGCCGGCAUCACCUGCGGCCACUUCCUAGUGCCUUUCUGGACGUUCUUCGGCGCCACCUUGAUCGGCAAGGCCUUCAUCAAGAUGCACAUCCAGAAGUUGUUCGUCAUAAUCGCCUUCGACGAGACCCUGAUCAACAUGGCCCUGGGCUGGCUCAAGGUGAUCCCGGUGGUCGGGGAAAUGCUCCAGGUACCUUUCAAGGCCUUCCUGGACGGCCAGAAGACGAAGCUGCACCAGAAAGGGGCGGGAACCGAGGCUUCGGGCGGAAGAAACAUCCUGAGUACCUGUUUCGAGGUCUUCGUUAUGGCCAUGGUGCUGUAUUUCGUCGUUUCGAUCCUGAAUUCCCUGGCCCAGAGUUACCACAAGAGGAUAUCGAAAAAGAAGUCGGACAAGGUUUCUAAGGAUUAGCCAGACGAUGAUUUUUUGAGGAGAGACGGUUCUCCGAUAAUUAGAAGCGGUAAAACUGUUUCAUUUUUGGCGUUCUAGUCCAGUGGAUCAUUUUGUUUUAGUGGAAUCCUUGCCAUCUUUCGUGGUGCAACAUUGAAGGUGUUGCUGUCUGCAGGAAUGUCGAGUACAUUUCUUUUCGGUGUAAAUUCAGUUCUCGUCGAGUGAUACAGUCUAUUUUUUCUCGAUAACGGCAAAGAGUUGAGUUAUUAAUGGAUUCAUACAAAAUAUUAGCUAGGAGUUUUCUGAUAGUUUCGAAUUGUGCAAUGCGUGAUCAUUCGACUGCCAAUGUAAGAUAGGGAUGUGUCGAUGGUAGAUUUUAACAUUCCCAAAUUGAUUUCAGCAUUGUAUAUCAGCAAUCGGUCAUCGUCAGGGUUUGAUUCGUUUUUUAUCCCAGUUUCGGAUUGCAAUCAACGUAAUUCCAACGAUUACGUGGUGUACGUUUAUUUAUUCAUGUAGAUCAAUAUUCAGUCAUAGUUAUCUAGAUUGAAAAGUGAAUCCCGGAUGGUAAAACCUUUGGGACUAGCUGGUUCCUAGUGAUAGAAUUCAUCCAUUUCCUCAUAUUCUGUUUUAAGAAUGCACUGUGAUUUUUUACAUAUUCAGAGGUUUUUCCUAUAUUAUUUCAUUACUCUGGGUUUUAAAGUGGAUUGUUUAGGAAUUAUUCAAAUUUAUAGUUCAAUUUUUUGUAUGAAGGACUAGUGAAUAAACAUUUGUAAAUA